GCGGUUGGCCGUCGCCAUGACAGCGACCGCUGGGGGCCCUGGAUCUUGGAGUGAAAAUGUACUAGAAUAUUUUCUGAGAAAUAACCUGAUCACAACAGAAGAUGGCGCUGAGAUCGUCUGGUAUCAUGCUGCUAACCAUAAGGCACAACUGAAUGAGGCACUGAAAAGUACUGCUCACAUGAUAGAGGCUGAUGUCCUUCUUCCGAGUGAUGGGUCAGAAUAUAGCCAACCAAUCAUGGCCCAUCCUCCUGAAACAAAUAGUGAUAAUACUUUACAGGAAUGGCUGACUGCAGUUAUAAAAAGCAAUAAAGGCAUCAAGCUGGAUUUCAAGAGUCUGGCAGCUGUGGAACCAUCCAUGAUGCUCCUGGAAAAUGUGAAGAGGCAUCUGAAACGUCCUGUGUGGAUUAAUGCUGAUAUUCUUCCUGGUCCAAAUGGAAAUAGCAGGGUAGUGGAUGCAAAACCUUUUAUAGACACGGUGACAUCCUUCUUUCCAGAUGUGACAUUUUCCCUGGGUUGGACAACAGGAUGGCAUCCUGAGAAAGUCAAUGAAGGUUACAGUUGGACAAUGGUGAAAGAAAUGGAGUAUAUAUGUAAGGAGCUAAAUCAGCCUGUAACAUUUCCUGUCAGAGCAGCAUUAGUCAGGCAGUCUUGUUCUCAGUUACUUUGGCUGUUAAAGAAAUCAAACAGGUACAGCCUGACUAUUUGGACUGGGAAAAAUGAUAACUAUUCCAUUGAAGAUUUGCUUUGCAUUAGAGACCAUUUUGACAAAAAACAAGUUUUCUAUGAUAUCUUGGAACCACAAAACCAUGAAUUUAAACAAGCCAUUGGAGUCAAAGUUAAUCUCUAAGAGGAUUCUUCUAAAUUAUUUCAUGUUUUGGUUUCAUAACCCUCUGCUUUGGUCUGAAUUAAUUACCAUAUAAAUUAUGAUGAUGAUAUGCUCUAAUUCAUCUAAUCAAAAAACACUUAGUGCUUAUUUUAUUAGGCUUAUAUCCUUAUGAUACUGUAUGUAUUUAAAAGAUUUGGAAAGAAGAUUUCAGUG